AUGGGUGAGGUGUUGAAUGUUGUUUGCGAGGUGAACACACGUGCAGCUCUGCUAGUGUCAGCAGAAGACGGAAGAGCUUGCAUUGACAGUUUAUUUCCAGACAAUGGUCGUGAUGAUUCUGCGCGGAAGUUUUACUUUGGUGAUUUGAAGAAAUGUCAGCAUAUUUUUAUUCCAAUCCACAAUGACAAAAUAGAACACUGGUUGCCUUUUAUAGUACACAUCAGUGAUGGUAUUGUAGAAAUAUGUGACUCGAUGCUGGACAAACAUGAGUUGUCAACUGGAAGUGGUCUUGUGAAAAUGGUGAUGGAGAAGCUUGAUUACUUACUUGCUGACCAAAUAGCCGACAAAAUGGGGCCUUCUUUUUCAUUCACCCGUUUUUAG